GCGACCCAUCUUGGAUACUCUUGUUUCAGUGGUUCCGAAAGGUCCGUGUCGUAACCCGGCAAAGACAAACUCAGAGGCGGGUAGCCACUAUUGGACCUGGGACACAAAUUAUCUAGGCGAAAUCUGUUAAAACUACCUGGGAGAGAACUUGGAUUAUAACAAUGGGUGCGCGACACUGAAAAAGUUGCUAGCUCGUUAGCACAAGUGGCAGUGGCUAGCUGCUUGAAGCUAACGUUAGCAAACAGACCGCUGAAGCAAUCUGAAGAUUUCUGAUGAUGUGAGGACAUUUUUCGUCAUGAUUCCACCACGAUAAGGCAUCUAAAUGUUUCCGAUCACUAUCUUAAAAAGAUAACCCAAUUACCCUUGCCAAAGUGUAAACUUGGCUGCAGGUGAAUGGGUGAGAUGAGGAGUAGUAAAAGGGCUCCUCUGUCCUUUGGCAUUACUGUCCAUCAGCACUCGGAUAACAACCUUGAUACAGAUCUAGCAACUGCAUGGAAGGGUUUGCCUCAGUCCAAAGCUGCUUUGCGCCGUAUAGAAAACCAUGUGGAGGCAGUUCCUGGGACAACAGCGCUCCUCUUGUCUGUCAUGGAUCCACCCAAGAAAAAACAGUCAGUGACUGUCCGGAGUAGAGAUGAGACAACAACAUUUUCAAAGUCCACGGUCCAUCGUCGGUCAAGUUCCAAAAAGAGACGCUCACGCAGCCCGCUAAGAAAUGCCACGCAAGACAGCAAUGUCGACAAGCACAACAGCAUGGCGCUCAGGGAAGCACUGGCUUUGUACAGCGAGACCGCCCCUCCAUCACAACCCUCAUCCCAGCUGCAAGCUUACAGACUGCAGUCAGUGUCAGGGACUUCGUCCUCAUCCUCACAGGCCCCCUCUCACCCUCUGUUGAGCAAGCCUGUGUACCAGAGAGACAAUCGGGACAAGCAGACAGACGGUCACCAGGACGCUGCACACUCUAGAGACUGCACAGAGGUCCGCUACCUCAAUGACCCACCCACUGUGGACACCUUGCAGACUUAUGCAAACCCUUCAACAAGCCUCGCUAUGGAGGACGUCAUGCCAGAGACACAAAUCACACAGAGAACGGAUAUUCAAGAAUGCAGCCCAUCUCUACCUCCAGCCUCUGACUCCAUAUGUAGACCGGAGAGCAAUCCUUCCACCAGUCCAGGCUCAGAUUCCCAGCGCUUGGAGAACCUGAGGCGACAUCAACAUGAUGAUAAGCUGGAAAAGCUCAAAGAGCGAAUUCGAAAGCAGGUGAAACAUCAGGAGGAGGCUGCAGAGAGGGAAAAGGUGUUAGGCCGUCUUGACCAGCCCAUUCUACACACCUGGAAUAAAAAUGGCGUCACUGAGCCCACAGCCAAAAUAAGGAAAGUAGCAGCUGCACCACAAGCGCCUUCUUACAAAGGCUUCAGCAAAACAGAGUCCCGUAAUCUGCAUGGGAACGCUUUAAAAGAGGAGUAUUUUCGCGGUUUAAACAGUGACAUAUGCCUAGACCUGUCAAGGCAGCUUGCUGAAAGCACAACAUCCAGGCCUCAACAGGGAAGGCAUCGUUCUUUUGAGAGAGAAGCUCCCAAACCAACCAGGAAGAUCCACAAAGUUGCCCCGGGCCAAAAUGCUAAAUCAGUGAUUACACCUGCUUCCUGGCGGGAGGGUUUGAAGUUGGUAAACAAGGUACUUGGUACGGCUCCCAAGCGACCCAGGGAGGACAAGUUCCAUCUUGAUGACAGACCGCACCAAACAGCUUCCCAACGCUGCUCCGAGUCUGAGCAAGGCUCAAAAGCAAAUCACCACCCUCGGCCUAGAAGCAAAGAAAGGACUGGCAAUGCAUGUCAGGGUCAAUCCAAAAGCCACUCUACAUCCGCUGCUAGCCCCGCGUCUGCAGGUCAAGACAAGUGCCCAGCGGCUGCAGGCAAAGACCUGUUGUCAGCAGAUAUCAAGGCCAUACUUAAUGACCCACAAGUAGAGUGCAAAGACGCUGAGGAGAAGGAGAGGUCUCUGCAAAGAUCUGGUGGAGGUAAGGGUGGUCAGAGGGGCAAAGCGAGGUCAUUGUCUCAAACAAGGACUCCCCUCUCGUUCUGGGGAACUACAGUGCCAACAGUUAUUCCUUCAAGAGGCUGUCGUAGUGCCAACCCCUCCCCAAACCGACCAGAGUCCUCUAAUGUGGCUGAAACUAAGGAGAAAAAACGCCACUACGAUGCAGAUAAAAUUCGUCAAUACAUUGUCAAACAGAAAGAGGAAAGAAAGAGACGUCAAGUGGAAGAGAAGAAAUCAUUGAUAGCAGAGACCGAGAAAAGAAACCAGAGGCUCCAGGAGCUCUACAGGAGGCAAAAGGAAAUGGCGAAGACUGUAGUCACUCCCACUGAGGCUACUGUAGUCCCUCUGCCGAAACAAGACAGAGAUGACAUGUACAACCUUUUAACACUGGAGGAAGUCACGCGGAUGCAACCUUCUGCUCCCUCAAAUCAAUUGAGACCAAUAUAUCAGCCGUCUGGAGAGUCUGAUAAAGAAAACAAGAAAAUGGAACUGCCACAAAGCCCAUCAAGCAGUGACAGGUCUUUGAAUGAUCAGCUAUCUCCUCCAUUAGAAAGGAGUGAUUUAGAUGUUGGAGUGAAUUCUAGACUUAAGCCAGACCUUCUGAGCCCAAAUUUUCAGUCCCUCUCUGGUUCCAGCAGUGAUGCACUACAAUGUAGAAACUAUGACCCUCUCCUUUCACGGCCUCUGAGGCUGGAGAACACGGCGGCAGCUGGCGACAUCAAGCCCAUACAGGGGCUACACACAGCACCGCCCACCACCAGUUUUCAGUUAAGGAGGUCCCGCAUUGAUGCCCUCAAGGCCACAGCCAUCUCCCUCUCUAACCGCAUAGAGAGUGAGGCCCGGCAGAUUGCUCGGGUGGGGAUCAACUACGGUGAAGCAACUUCAUUGGACGUGGAUAUUUUGGCCCCAAGUUCCACUCCUGCUAAUCUUAACGAGAGAGGCUUGGUAACUGGACAUGGCACAUUACAAAAUGGCAACUUGACAUCAAGGAUUCAGAGACUUUUAGUGAGCACAGGUCUUAGCUCAUAUGAUGGCGCCUCUCUUCCAGGAGCUGGCCAUUUGCACACAUUCUCGGGACAACCACAGCAAAUUUCAGCUGAUCUAACAGAGAACUCUCCUAGCAGUUAUAGACUACAAAGAAUGCACAAAACCAAUAGCUUAGAGAGACCAGAUGACCUACCACAAAGUAAAGGACUUGGAGAAGCUGGGGAGAAUAGGGUAGAUCUACAUGACUCAAGUGGAGGUUCCAUCAGUGAGUGUACCAUCUUGAGUGAGAGCAUCUGUAAGGACGAAGUCAGCCCUCCUCAGCCUUCCAACACGCAUCUUGCAAGAUCAGCGGAUUGCUUCAAUGACUUUUCUAGUCAACGGAGGGAAAUGCAGAGCCUGACUGACUUCCAGGAGGCUGCCAAAUGCUCGGCUCUCGCGUUGCCAUUUGCUCAGCAGGACAGUAGUCAAAUACCCUGGGAAGAGUUGAACAAAGGUGACCCUUUCAGUGUAAUCAACAUUUACUUAAAGAACCUCAAUGUUAAAGUGAAUGAGAGGAAGUCUUCGCCUGCUCGCUCUUUUCAUUCUGGAGAUUCCCAGAGAGAUGCAGUCUAUGAUGAUGACUUUGUGUCAUUUCAUAGCAGUGGGGUUAGCCAACAGUUGAAAGACUCCACUUCACACAGUUUUGGACUUGAAAGUAAAAAGUCUCCACCAUCCAGAGCAAGACAGGCUUCUCCUUCCACCUUCCCGUCUCCAGCCGUAGUCUCUCUCAAGAACGAACCUCCAAGAAAUGGAGUUGAGAACCGAGGCACAGGUAAACUCCAGUAUUCACCGAGUGCCCUGCAGCAGUAUAUGGCAGCAGAACUCAAGUACCAGGAGUCGAUAGAAGAGUCUUUGAGGCAACUUGGGGAAGUUGAGAGGCUGAUGGGUGUGCCUGUGGCUCAGCAGGCCAAACAGCAGAAAUCUCCACCUUCGAGAGCAAGGAUGACUUCAUCUUCUGGUUUUCCGGACUCUUUUCGAGCAGUAGAUUAUCGCAGUGAGCAUCCAAGAAAUGGCUUUAUGGUCGGGGCCAGUAACAACAUGAAUACAGGCACCGCAGUUCAUUGUGGCAAAGAUGAAAACAGGGCAACAGGUAAUCUCCAGUAUUCUCCUGCUGUCCUGCAUCAGCAAAUGGCAGCAGAGCUCCAGUACCAGGAGUCCAUAGAGGAGUCUUUGAGACAUUUAGGCGACGUGGAGAGGCUAAUGGGUGUGUCUAUGGCCCAGGAGGAGAGUGCAUCAUUGGCGCACAUACUGAAGACCAAGCAGCAGAAAUAUGAGAAUGACCUUUAUGAGCAGAAGAUCCAGGCAGAAAAAAAAGCUCUGGAGGCCCAGCUUCAGCGGGAGGAAGACAGGCAGAGAACAGCCAGGGCUCAUGAGGAAUUGCUGGAAAAGUUAGUGCUAACUCAAAAAGAAACUGCAGAAGCGGCCCGUCACAUCAAGGAGUUGACAGACCUGGCCCGGUCUCAGAUUGAAGGUGCUCUUACUGUCUCUGUUGUUGCUACUGAGCCACCCAUGCAAAGCAAGCAGCAGCGAGAGAAGAAGCAGAACAGGCCUGAUUCUGGCAGCUUCCAGAGAGAGGCAUCAAGUCGAAGUCCCAGUCACACCGACUCACGGCCUGUGCAAAGACCUAACCUCAUUGGUGCAGACUCCAGCUCCACCAGUACCCCCUCACACACAUCAACAGACCAUAUCAAGCCAGUAAACAAAGAAGAAACUGAAUUAGAAUGGAAGAACAAUGAGAAGCAGGCGGAGAGGGAAGCGGGCUGCAGUUCAAUAGAGGAGGAAGGUCCCACAGCGGAUAAUGACUCAAUCUGUAGCGAAAGCAUCCCCUCUGUAGCUGAUGACAAAGAGUACUCUCUCAAGUUUGACACAUCCAGGACAGAGGAUGUGGCUGAGGAGCAUUCCUUCAACUCUCUGCUGCCGUCUAAGGUGCACCGUCUGAGUUCUUUGGAGAAGAGGCCAGGCUAUCACGAGGAAUCGGACGAUGAGGCUGCAACUCACAACACAACGUCUGUCUCAGAUUCCCAUAACAUUACAAAGUCUCAGAAUGCAAAGUUGGCCUUUUCUGGUGGCCAGGACAGCUUUUCCCGAUUCACCAUGGACAUGGUGCGUCAGUACAUGAAAGACGAAGACCUGAGGCUGCAGCAUCAGAAUGCUCUGCUGCAUCUGCGCCAGAAAGCCGUCAAGGAAAAAAUCAGAACUGAGCUUGCGUGGCUGGAACACCAGAAAAAACAGCUGAGGAACAAAGGCGAGGAUGACAAAUUACCACCCAUCAGGAAGAAGCAGAAAAGUCUUUUAUUGAGACUUCAAGAGGAGCAGGCUGAGAUCAAGCGCCUUCAGGAGGCUAACAAAGCAGCAAGGAAAGAAAAACAGCUGUUGUUGAAACAGCAGGAAGAGAUUGAGCAGAUGAGGAGUUCAACAUUGAGACUGAAAGAGCGUCUCAAGUCUGCUGGCUGUGAAGUACCACCUGAGACUCCUGUGUCAGAAGCUCUGUUGUCAGAGGCGCCGUCUCCCAACAUAAGGCAUGCUGAUGACAGCCGCACCCCUUCUCCCUCACCCUCCAUCUCUGGAAGUGAGACCAGCAGCAUCAUGCAGAAGCUCAAGAAGAUGCGCUCCCACAUGGAUGAAAAACACUGUUCCCCUGUCCACUGCUUCUUCUCUGUGUUUACGGCCCAACACUGGGCUUCCCUUAGUGUCUGUCUUCCCAACCUUCAUCCUAAAUUCCAGCUAUUUAUCUACAACCAGUUGGUCAGAUUCCUGACUAAGCGGGAGCAACAGCUAAUGCAGAGGCGUCAUCAUGCUGAGGAGCUGCUGCAGUGGAAACAGCGUCUUGAUCAAGAGGAAGCAGAGGUCCGGAGGAUAGAGAAGGAGGCCCUGGCUGGUUGGGGCGAGGGUUUGGAGAGUCACAGCAAGGAGAUCUCUGAAAUUAUCCAUGAGCCCUGUCACCAUCAAAUCUCAGAGCAGCAAGCAAUCAGUGACAAAGAGUAUGUGACGGAAGACGAUUAUUCUUCGGCAGCAUCCGAGUGCAGCAUCCACACAGAAGAGCCCUCCCAGCGGCCAAGAAAUCUAUCCUCGGCACUACCUGCAUCAGUCGCUGAAACUUUGGCCUCCAACCAGAGCAGCCUUACAAAUUACAGUGAAGACUUUGCUUCACUCGCACUCAGCAAGCAGUCUUCUCCAGUCAAAGACAGCAUCACAAGCAAGAUGCAGCUUCGCUCCUCCUUGCAAAUAUCAAAACAAGCCCCAAAUCAGCCCAGAGACACACCGACAGCAUCACACACUGAACCCAUUUCGGAGCAGAGUGACAUUGAGAACCGAAUCAAAGCUCUGAAAGAGGAGCUGAGAAAACGAAAGUUUAUGGCCUAUCAGCUCAAAAGGGAGCAAAAGAUGAGGCACAAAGAGCGGCUGAAGGCACAAGAGGCCAGCCUACUGAAACAACUAGAGAGCUAUGACAACUACAUUGGAAAAACUAAGGCAGAACUGAACAAAAAACCCGAGCCAACACCGAAUAGCAAGUCUCAGAAGGAAGACUCUACCUUAGGUGCAGCUCAAUGCAAGCUCAUAUCGCCUAUUCAAAGGUCUGAAACCAAUAAAAUACCAGCUGGAGGAACACAAAUUAAUUCAUCACUCCACCAAAACCUUAACAGAUCUACCUCAGCAUCUGAAGACCUCUCUGAUGAAGCUGCAUCUCCAACUUCUGUACAUGGCGGUCCAGAUUUCCUCACCUCAGAACUUAAGAGAUGGCAAUUACCAGACACUUCUUUAACCGCUUCUGCUGAACAUGCUCAGAUAAUUGAGUCUGAGAAGGAUAAUGCUGUGUCUGAGUCUCGUUCUCCUGUAGCGGACCUGAAAAUUUCAGAUCUUAAUGGCAACCCCCCAUCCUGUGGCCAUUCCUGUAGGCCUGACUUGGAUGUCAUCUCCUCAGUGAAGGAGGCACAUAUAAAGGAUAUAGAGCCGUCUUAUCCCCUGACAGAUUACCAAGAUGACUUUGAGUCAUCAGGACUUUCUUCGCCGAGGAAGGAGCAGCAUAUUUCAAAGCCGGACUCAGUUCCCCAAACUGAAAUCCGGUCUGUUAGUCAAGAUGAAGAGAUAGAGGAGGACAUAGCAGAAGAACUAAGUCACUAUUCUGUUACUAGUGGUGCAAGCCAUGAAUCUGGUGGACUGUUAGAUCUUCAUUGGAAAACUGAAGGUGACUUUAAGAAUGAUAGUCACAGCAUUGAUUCCAGCCAUUUGCCAAGCCCUCUCCCUCUGCUUGUAGAUGAAAUGCCUAACUUCAACAUUGGAGAUCGAGUUCUUGUAAGUAACGUCCAACCUGGCACUUUAAGAUUUAAAGGCCCAACCCGCUUUGCCGGUGGCUUUUGGGCUGGUGUAGAGCUUGACAAUGCUGAGGGGAGCAACUGUGGCAUUUAUGAUGGAGUGGUUUACUUUGAGUGUCAUGAACAUCAUGGGAUUUUUGCUCCACCUGCCAAGAUCACUCAUCUACCUGACAAGUUUGACAUAUACACUGAUGCUACAGGACACGAGGACUCAUACACAGAGAAUGUGUCAGAUCAGUGUGAGGAUGAGCAUAAAAGUGAAGUGGAUAUAUCUGAAAAUCUAAGCGCUCUGGAGAAAAGUGAAGAAUUGUCUCAUAACAACGUAUUUGGAAACCAAGAAUUUGUAGACUUAGCAGAGCAAAACCUCAAGAGCCAGGAACCACCAAAAAACGAAACGCACCUUGACUCUAAAGGUGACCACUCCAUUCCACCAGAUGGACAAGAUGUAACUGCCUUAGUGGAUAAGGACGACGUUAUAAACCAGGCCAUACUAUUGGAAGGUCAGGAGAUAACUGCAAAUGUUGAGAAAGAUGACAUUGUAAACCAAUCCUUACCACCGAUUGAUCAGGACAUUGCUGCCGUAGUUGAUAAGAACGAUGUUAUAGACCAGUCCUUAUCACCAAAUGAUCAGCAGUUUGCAGCCAUAGUCAAUAAGGAAGACGUACACAACAAACACCAGCUGAUUUCCUCCGAAGUUUCCGACAAAGUUGAGGAUGAGAAAGUGGAGCCCAAGCAUCUGGUAUCUAGAGACAAAUUAGCAGACAAACUGCUGAGUAACUUUAUAAAGGACACAGUUCACCACUUGGUUCAGAUCAAAAGGGUUAAAGAGCAGAAAAUUGAAGCUUCCAACCAGAUCAACGCUUGCCUCUUUGAGCUUGAUGAACAAGGGCUGAUUUCUACAUUGGGACAUCAAGACGGUCUAUCUUCCUUUUUACCUGAAGAGGAGCCAUCUUCUCCAGAGCUGUUUAACCGACCGGAGAGUCCAAUUUUGGGGGCCAGUGGCCAAGAAGAGCUUGCCAAGCGACUCGCAGAGCUCGAACUUAACCGCGAUCUGCUGGAUGACCUGGGUGACGAUCAGGACUGGUUUGAUGAGGACUUUGGCCUUAGCUCACGUAGAGAACAACAGAGACUCCAACAGAAGCAGAGAGAAGAGGCGGCAAAACUGGGAGCAGGACUGAGAAGCUCUGAUUCCUCAGACGAAGAUCCCCUGAGGGGGCUGGUCUUGUCCUCAGAUGGGGACCAGCCUGCGAAGACUCCACCAAGACCUGCCCUUCCUCUUCCCCUGCCACCUAAGCUGCCAGAGCAACCUGCUAUGGUGGUACCCCACUCAGCCGGAGAAGUGGAGAAGAUGGUCCAUGCUGCGAUUCAGGAGAUGUGGGACAGCUUUGGCCUUACAAAGGAGGGAAGCCCUUUGCUUUCAGAUAUGAACUGUCCCAAACCUUCACAAGAGUAUUUGGGUGUUGAGGACAGCACAGUAGACCAGGAGGCCCUCUGCAUUCGAAGCUACAAAAAGGCUGUGUAUGACCUAACGUGGGAGAUCCUCCAGGAAAUCUAUGCCGAAAACCCCAACGCCAAUCAGCCUGAGUGGAUAAAACCACAACGAGUCAGGCCCGCCUUUUCCCACAGAGUCAAGACACCAGAAGACAUGACAAAAGUUCAGGAAUUUGUCACAAAAGAAGUUCUAAAACUUUAUGGUUUGGCCAAGAAUACAAGUAAAAAGUCAGACUGGCAGAAGAUGCUGAAAUUUGGCCGAAAGAAACGAGACAGAGUUGAUCAAAUACUGGUGCAGGAGCUCCACGAGGAGGAGGCUCAAUGGGUGUGCUACGAAGAGGAUGAGCUGUCAGUCAAAAUGCAGCUGGCAGACAGCAUCUUUGACGUGUUGCUGAAGGACACCGCCAGCAUGCUGAGUCUCAUAACCAAGAGGGCUGCUGUUCAUUAAUGGGUGAAUGUAAUCCACUUUGAAUCUAGUAGUAUGUGGGUUUGGAAUUGUUAUAUAGACUAGACAAUUGUUUGAUCAGUGACACAUUUUAAAUCAGUGAUGUCAUUUGCAGACUUUUUUUUUUUUUGGCGGGGGGGUGGAUACAUAUGCCUUAAACUCAUCCUACUGUCAGUCAUCCUCCCCCAAAAGUGACUUUUCUUGAUCUUUUCUUUGUUGUUUUCCUUUAGCGUCGUCCACUUUGGGUUCUUUUGUCAUAUUGACGCAUAACUGCAUGGAUGUGUCCCAAGAAAUUAUAAUGUGUCACUGAUCUCAAACAUUUAAACUGCCCUCAAUUGGGACAUCACAGAGAUGAGAUAUUUUGUAAAACCUCUUGAAUAUGUUUAUUUAUUGUGUAAAAAAAAAAACGUGAAAACAGAAUGCUGGAAAUGUAUAUUAUUCUGUCAGAUUAUAAAAAGGAGUGAGUUUUAAUGUUAUUCAAAGCAAAUCUAUGAUCUAAUAGUAAAAGCACAAGUAAUGUAAACAUGGCAAUAUGCAUCAUGGCAGAGAUUUAAGAUAAUACAAAAUUUUUAUUAUCAAAAGUCACGUUAAUUAUAACUGUCCCACUUUGUGCUGGGUGUUAAUAUUAGCACUAACUACAUACAGCCUCCAAAUCGAUAACUACUGAUGACAUAUAUUUGAACUGUAACUGAAGACUUAUUAGGAGGAUUUAAACAUGUUUUCAGUUGAUUCUAAGUUAUUUGCAAUUUAAUAGGCGGAUUUAGGAUGUCAGUGCACUACAUAUUAGCAUAAAGCGUGCAAGUAGAGCACAAAGAAAGGACUAUUAGACUUUUGCACGGUACUGAAAUGCUGGAUUUGAGCCUUUUCCUUAUUCUUUUAUUUCCUUUCAACACACACUUUGGAUAGAACAGCAUCUCCUCAUCCUCAGUGCUGCCAUUAUGUUCAUCUUUACAACCAUCAUCAGGGUCAAAACCAGCCAACAGAACGUUACCAGCUUAGCCAGGUGACCAUCCUCAACCUUCAUUUCAAGUGCCUCUUUAUGUUGUGGAAGACUGUGUUUGAUAGUUUGUCUUUUGGACCUCCACUCAACUGCUGUAAAUUGUCCCUUUUUUUAUUUUAUUGUUCUUCUAGCUUCACUGGUUUGCAAAAAAAAAAAAAAAAAUACCCUCAUGACUUCAGCUUGGGCCUUAAUGUUCCUCUUAAUGUCAAGUUUUUAACUUUUUUAUGUUUAUGUGCCUGACAAAAUGUGUACAUAGACACAUUUGACUUGGUGAAGACACGCAAUGCAUUUCGAUUAUCACGCUGUCUCUUAUUUUGGUCCUCUUAAUUAUUUCUAUGGGCGAUCCAGCCAGCUUUCUUCCUUUCAGAUACCUUUUAAAGCUAAAGUGACCUUAUUUUAAACCAAUUUUUACACUCACUUGUUAGAUAAUGUACCAAAAAGUGUGAUGCCCACCUAAUCCCUCUUAGCUUGUCUUGAAUUGAUUGUAUAUCGGAGAAAGUAACACUCUGUUGUAACUAUGCAGCGCUUUAUGUAGUCGACUGAACUUUUUUUUUUUUUUUUUUUUUUUUACACUUUCAGUCGGUUCUCCAUUUUAUUGGUGUGGAGAAGAGCCCAUUAUUCUCUGAAAGCAACUUUGUCAUUUGAUACCAGUAGGUAAAUAAGAAUAGAUUUAUUAAAUUAACCCCAUCUUACCAAUGUCCCUCUUUUUUUAAUUAUUGUUUGAAAUGUUAUGAAUAUUUAUAAUGUGCUUUGAGUGUGUGCCAAGUGCACUUGGCUUGUACAAUACUUUUAUGGGUGUAAAUAUAUUGUAUUAUUGUAGCCAAUGUGACCCACUCUUACUGACUUUUCAGUGAGCUGUGGAAAAUGGACCUGUUUACUUUGCAAACAUGUACAUAUUUGUAGACUUUGGAACUGUAAAUAAAGCUUUGUUUGUAAAGGAAAUUUGG